AGGCAAGCGAGGCCGGGCCGGGCCGAGCUGAGGAGUCGCAUCCAAGAUGGCGCCGUGCGGACGUGUCCGGGCCGGGAGCCGCGGGCCGGGCCCCUUCCUCAUUCUGCUGCUCCUGGCGCUCGGGCCGGCCUGGGCGGAGCAGGGAGCGGGCGCCGUCGCCGGCGGAGGCUUCCCGGGGGCUCCCCUCCAGCAGCAGCAGGCAGCGGGGCUCGGGGCCCAGCAACCGCCUCAGCCGGGGCUGGCGGGGGCCGCCCCGGGCGGCGGUGUCGGGCGGCCGCCUCGCGCGGGCGGCUCCUCGGGCGGCGGUUGGAAGCUGGCGGACGAGCCCGCCUGCCGUGAGGAUGUGACUCGCGUCUGCCCCAAGCACAGCUGGGCCAACAACCUGGCCGUCCUCGAGUGCCUGCAGGACGUGCGGGAGACGGACAAUGAAAUUUCAUCAGACUGCAACCACCUUUUGUGGAAUUACAAAUUGAACUUGACUACAGACCCAAAAUUUGAAUCUGUGGCCAGAGAAGUCUGCAAGACUACUAUAUCAGAGAUCAAAGAGUGUGCCGAUGAGAUUGAUGGGAAAGGCUACCUGGUGUCUUGCUUGGUAGAUCACAGAGGAAACAUCACCGAAUACCAGUGUCACCAGUACAUCACCAAAAUGACAGCAAUAAUUUUCAGCGACUACCGCCUGAUCUGUGGUUUUAUGGAUGACUGCAGGAAUGAUAUUAACAACCUGAAGUGUGGUAGCAUUAGACCUGCAGAAAAGGAUGCCCAUUCUCAAGGCGAAGUGGUGGCCUGCUUGGAGAAAGGCCUGGUGAAAGAGGCAGAGGAGAACGACCCCCGAAUGACGGUUUCGGAUCAGUGCAAGAAAGCAAUUCUCCGUGUGGCUGAGCUCUCUUCCGACGACUUCCACUUGGAUCGGCACCUUUAUUUUGCGUGCCGGGAUGAUCGGGAACGGUUCUGUGAAAAUACUCAGGCCGGAGAAGGCAGGGUAUACAAGUGCCUCUUUAACCACAAGUUUGAAGAUGCUAUGAGUGAAAAGUGCCGUGAUGCAUUGACAACCCGGCAAAAACUGAUUGCACAGGACUACAAAGUUAGUUAUUCUCUAGCAAAGUCUUGUAAAAGUGACCUCAAGAAGUAUCGAUGCAAUGUAGAGAAUCUCCCACGUUCCCGAGAGGCCCGGCUCUCCUACCUGCUUAUGUGUUUAGAGUCUGCAGUGCACAGAGGUCGGCAAGUGAGUAGCGAAUGCCAGGGGGAAAUGCUGGAUUACCGGCGCAUGUUGAUGGAGGAUUUCUCACUGAGUCCAGAGAUCAUCCUAGGCUGCCGCAGUGAGAUUGAGCACCACUGCUCAGGGCUGCAUCGGAAGGGCCGCACUCUGCACUGCCUGAUGAAAGUCGUGCGAGGAGAGAAGGGGAAUGUGGGAGCCAACUGCCAGCAGUCGCUUCAAACACUGAUCCAGGAGGCUGACCCUGGUGCUGACUACCGCAUUGACAGAGCUUUGAACGAGGCCUGUGAAUCAGUGAUACAAACUGCCUGCAAACACAUCCGUGCGGGAGACCCCAUGAUUCUCUCUUGCCUGAUGGAGCAUCUGUACACAGAGAAGAUGGUGGAGGACUGUGAGCAUAGGCUCCUGGAGCUCCAGUACUUUAUCUCACGGGACUGGAAAUUGGAUCCUGUCCUCUACCGCAAGUGCCAGGGAGAUGCGUCUCGACUUUGUCACACACAUGGCUGGAAUGAAACGAGUGAGAUAAUUCCUCCCGGGGCCAUCUUCUCUUGCCUGUACAGACAUGCCUACCGCACUGAGGAGCAAGGGAGAAGGCUGUCCCGUGAAUGUAGAGCAGAAGUACAGCGGAUUCUGCAUCAGCGUGCCUUGGAUGUGAAACUGGACCCAGCUCUUCAGGACAAGUGCAUGAUUGAUCUGGGGAAGUGGUGCAGUGAGAAAACAGAGACAGGACAGGAACUUGAGUGCCUCCAGGAUCAUAUGGAUGACUUGGUGGCUGAUUGCAAAGACAUAGUUGGAAACCUUACAGAACUGGAAUCUGAGGAUAUCCAGAUCGAAGCUUUGCUGAUGCGAGCAUGUGAGCCAAUCAUCCAGACCUUCUGCCAUGAAGUGGCAGACAACCAGAUUGAUUCGGGGGACCUCAUGGAGUGCCUCAUUCAAAACAAACAUCAGAAGGAGAUGAAUGAGAAGUGUGCAGUGGGUGUCACACACUUCCAGCUGCUUCAGAUGAAGGAUUUCAGGUUCUCUUACAAGUUUAAAAUGGCCUGCAAGGAGGAUGUGCUGAAGCUGUGUGCCAACAUCAAGAAAAAGGUGGAUGUGGUCAUCUGCCUGAGCACUACUGUGCGCAAUGACACCCUGCAGGAUGGGAAGGAGCAUCGGGUCUCCCUGAAGUGCCGCAAGCAGCUUCGUGUUGAAGAACUGGAAAUGACUGAAGAUAUCCGUCUAGAACCAGACCUUUAUGAAAGUUGCAGAAAUGACAUCAAGAGCUACUGUCAGAAUGUUCCCUAUGGCAAUGCCCAGAUUAUUGAGUGUCUGAAGGAAAACAAGAAGCAGCUCAGCACCCGCUGCCACCUGAAAGUCUUCAGGCUCCAGGAGACAGAGAUGAUGGAUCCAGAACUAGACUACACUCUCAUGCGAGUUUGCAAGCAGAUGAUCAAGAGAUUCUGCCCAGAAGCAGAUGCAAAGAACAUGCUGCAGUGUUUGAAGCAAAACAAGAACAGCGAGCUGAUGGAUCCCAAAUGCAAGCAAAUGAUCACCAAGCGCCAGAUCACACAGAACACAGAUUACCGCCUGAACCCGGUGCUGAGGAAGGCCUGCAAAGCAGACAUCCCAAAAUUUUGUCAGAGCAUUCUAAACAAAGCCAAGGAAGAAUCGGAGCUGGAAGGGCAGGUCAUAUCCUGCUUGAAGCUGAAAUAUGCAGACCAGCGUCUCUCUCCUGACUGUGAAGACCAGAUUCGAGUAAUCAUUGAAGAAUCAGCUCUUGAUUACCGGUUAGAUCCUCAGCUGCAGAUGCACUGCUCAGAUGAGAUUUCCACUUUAUGUGCAGAAGAAGCAGCAGCCCAAGAGCAGACAGGGCAAGUGGAAGAGUGUCUGAAAGUGAACCUGUUAAAAAUUAAAGUGGAAUCGUGCAAAAAGGAGGUGCUCAACAUGCUGAAAGAGAGUAAAGCAGACAUCUUUGUGGACCCCGUCCUUCAUACGGCUUGUGCCCUCGACAUCAAACACCACUGUGCAGCCAUUCCACCAGGACGAGGCCGACAAAUGUCCUGCCUAAUGGAGGCCUUGGAGGACAAGCGUGUACGGUUACAGCCAGAGUGCAAGAAGAGGCUUAAUGAUCGAAUUGAAAUGUGGAGCUAUGCUGCAAAGGUUGCCCCAGCGGAAGGCUUUUCCGACCUUGCCCUGCAAGUGUUUGCCUCUCCCUCGAAAAACUACAUCCUGUCCGUCAUCAGUAUGGGCAUCUGCAUCCUCUUCCUGGUCGGUCUGAUGUGUGGGCGCAUCACGAAACGAGUGACACGAGAGCUGAAGGACAGGUAGAGUCUGCCUUGCUAGCAAAAGGGAGGAAGGAAGGCAGGCCUGCCCGGUUUGUACAGCCCUCCUUUGUAUAGUCUCCCUACCCACCUCACCCCUCUUCGGAGAGUACAAGUGAAUUAGAACAAGCGGCACGUGUCAGCUGAGUUUUCCCAUCUCGUCCAUGGCAUCUCCAACCUCGGAACGAGUUGGCACGUGCAGCCGUGACAGCCCAGCCAGCAGCUUCGUUACCCAUCAUUAGCGACUGUUGUUUGCCUGCCUGUAGACAAGUCUUUCUUUUCUCUCUCUCUCUCUCUCUCACUGUUGAAACUGCCCUUGCACUCCAAACCAGACUGGCGCAACCUGCAGCUUAAGAGGUUUUUAAAGUAAUUUUUAAAAAUCUGUUACAGGCAUAGCGUUUAGCAGUGGGUCUUGGUGGGGGAAAUCAUUUGUGCUCCGUGGCUGGGCAGGAGGACUGAAGGGAGAAGGGGCAUCACCCACCACUCACAGCUGGCCUUGCUUUGGACAUCUGGUUCACUUGGAGAUCAAGCACCUCCAGUGCAGAAUCAAAAAGUUGCCUCCAGAGGUCUGUCAUCUCUACUGAUCUUCUGCUUUUGUUCCUGUGUUCUGUUGCGUUUGUUUUGCUUUUUUAUGGCUCCCCCAAUCCUGCAGUUUUUGCCAAAAGGCAAUGCCUUUCAUCUUUUCCCCAUCUUUGGGCUAAAUUAAAAAAAAUAUAUAUAUAUACAUAUAUAUAUUGACCAGAGUUAAAGCAACUCCAGUAGUCUUGAAGAUACCCCUUGUGAAACUGCAUCACACCCUAAAACAAGCUGUUGGAUAAGCCUUGGGGGUAAUGUGUGCAGUUGGGUAAGCAAGUGGACAUUCCCAGGAGGAAAACUGAAAUAUUUGACACUCUGGGGAGUGUCAAAUAGGAUGGGCCGCAGCUAGGGAACACUUUGCACCCCCCGUCCUCCCGGCAUGGCUGUUUGCAGGACAUUGUUGUCACUUAUGGAUCCCUCCCAGGGUUCAGGAACAGCAUUAACAACUGGAGACUGAGGUUUUCCUGCUCUCCAGAGUGCAGCCAAAGGGAUCCACAGUGUCAUGAGAAGUAGUAAAGAGUAUUAAGUGAGAUCAACAGAGGGAGGGGGGACACACAGGUCUGGGGAGGAGAGAGAGAGGGCUGUUCUCUCACUCAGCUGAAAAGAAGAGGCGUAGUCACUUGAAGCGAUGCUUCCAGUAGCUUUCAGCCCCCUCCAUAGGUGGUAGGUGUCAUCUGUAGUCUGUUAAUUGGGGAGGAGCAUGAAGACGAAGCAUGGCGGCAGUUGCACAGACCUUUAGGGUAUGUACAGUAGGGGUAUCUGUUAACCUGCUAGAUACAGUAGCCUGUGUAUAUGGUGGAGUGUUAAAUUGUGGGCUUGGGCUCUCUGCCACAGGCAAGCAGUUGUGCGCAGGAUCUGUGGGUCCCCCUCCCCCUCCCCCAAUGUAGCUAGGGAAACGUAGUUCUCCACUAAUUCUACAAAAGCAGAGGGGCCUAACUUUGCCGCAUCACGGUGUGGAUAGACUUGUCAUGCGUAACCAAUACUGUGAAUUUUUUUUCUUCUUCCCCUUGAAACGCUGUGUGGUGGGGGAGAGGGGAGGGUACAGCGUAUUUAAACAUUUUUGCAAAGCUUUUUUUCAUCCUGCUGGAGAGAGAACAAUGCAAGGUCUACUCUAUGGAAAAAAAGCUUGUGCGGGUUUUCUGAUGACCACUCACUGUUUCAGGCCUCCAGAUUCGAGGGGAUAUGAUUGGGGAAGCAGGCUCGCUGGACCUGCCCCUUCGUGUAAAUGCUGAAGGCUUCUGUGUACCACAGCCACUGGAUGAAUUUUCACCUCCACCACCCCUCUCCUACUUCUGGAGUCAUUGAUCCUCUGAGAGGUGGGACUGAAAAAAUGGGGUACGUGCCAUGGCUCCCCAGUUAGUGCUUUCCAAAGUCUCUAGUCUCCCAAGGGGGAAAAAAGUCACCUUUAAUGUUUUGUUGAUCUGUCAGCUAACUGGAUUGAGAAUCUUCUCCUGAGAUACCGGCCUUGAGUUUUGGGGACUCUAAUUGUAGCAACAAUCAUGGUUGCACCUCUUACCAUCCAGAAUUGGGGAUGGGUGUGUGUGGAAGGGCAGCAGCUGCUCCUAAGCUGACCUGAAAAGCCUGAACGAGGAAGGGAGUGUAGAAGAUAAAUGGCAGGGUUGUUGGAGCCAUUGCAAGCGUGGUGGGAGCUAAAGAAUAGAUGUGGGCAGAACUCAAUUCCCUCCAAGAUGAUAAGGGGGGGGAGGACCUUUCACUGGCCUUGAUGCUUGGUGCUCUUGGAAUUGUGCUUCUAAGGGUGAGUAGGACCCAUAUUCACCAGCCGAGUGUUCUAAAGUGUAACGCACAAGAAAGUUUCUCUUCAGGCUGCUAUGGUUGCCUCCCCCAACCCACUACCCUCAGUCCUGAUUAGAGUGUUCGAUCCGUAGAAAAGAUCAGAUGUUGCUUAGAAGAAGUGGUGUUUAUUUCCUGAGCCAUCUUGCUUCAUUUCAGCUUUGAGCAUACAGUAAUGCUUCUGAAACGCAAAAGGCCAAGAGGAGGCGGGUCAGUGGUUGUGUGAACAGUGCCUGAGAAGAGGUAGACCCCUCAAGCCAUUAUAGGAAGUCAGUACACUCCAUGUGCCUAUUUUACAAAGAUGUGAAAGAGGCUCUUACAGUUAAUGUACAGCAGGCCUCAGGCACCUAAUUCCUGAAGUCUCAGCUCCCAUGCAGUUUUGGACUCUGUUCUUAUUCCUCAAACAUUCCUUGUCAGCGCAGAAGGCAGAGGGGCUGACCCUUCUGAGAGCUAAGUAUUCCCCUUUGCCCUGAGGCUUAUUAUUUCUAAAAAAUGCAUGACAUCACAGGCUUAGCAUUUGGUUUCACCAAGAGGAUGCAGGAUGGAGAAGUGCUGGCAUUUGAGAAAGGUGGAAAGGGGCUGCAUUCUGUUCUGUUUAGCCAAGGCCCAUAUGAGAAAUGGUCUGCAUGCUCUCUUCUUUUAAAAAAAAAAUCCUUUUAAGGUUUUCCAUCUAUACACUGGCCUUUGUGGUAUUAUAUCAAUUGCUACAGUUGUCGUGCUGACCCUUCUCCUUUCAGAGGAAAGGAAUGAACCCUGUGGAUGGGGAAAAUCCUUGGAACAGAGGGGACCAGGCACUGAUUGGCAGAGGCAUGAGAAAUGGGAUGUAUGUGCAGAGUUUCUGUAUAGAGGCUGCCUUUCCUUAAAAACACACACAGCGGCACUUAGAAGUGGGUUGCCUUGGGUGUUUUCUUUAUCUCACACACAAAAAAAGAGAUAUAUGCAACAGCUGACUGGGUAGACACAAAGUUGAGACAUGUUGCUUCUCUUUUAUACAAAUGGGGCCAAGUAGACGUCUGUGUAUAAAGAAUUCUUCUAGAGUAUGUCUAGCACCAGACAUAAAGGGAGGGGUUUGAAAUUAUCUUUAGGUAGAAUACUACCGGCCCCAUUUAGACUGGUCUCUGCUCUGCCACUCAUGUUUCUCCUGCUAGACUGUCCGGACUAAUCACAACUGGCAGGAAAAUCAACAGCUCCUGUGUCAGUUGUGGGUGUGAAUUCCACAUGCUUGAUACUCGCCGUUGGCAAAUGCAUAUAUCUGGAGAGGACCGACCUGCAGCUGGUACAGUCUGCUGUGCACACAUCACAGGCAGGGUGCAUUUCCCCUCCCGUUACAAUUUUUUUGGAACUCAUAAUUGUGGUGGCUGCUGAUGGGAAAUGAUUAUGGCCUACACUGACAUUCUUGUGUUUGAGGAAAGAGGCCUGUAGGUGCACAGAUCAAUCUCAGGAUGGUAUCUAGGGGUUCUGUUCAAUGCCCCUCCUUCAGCAUGCAAAACAAGCCCUAUGGGAAGAGUCAGUGGUUGAUCACACAGGAAAUGUUGGCUGACUUCUUUAAAAAAUGUAACACUAACAAGAUUUUUUUUUUUGUAAAUUGUUUCCCCUUUCUAUGUAUAAUACUCUUGGCCGUUCUUGUUUUUACAUGUCCAUGCUGUGUAAUUUUUGAAUUGUUAACUGAGAAUCUGAACAUAAUGUGCAUUUUUUCUGUACAGAUGAAAUGGGAGAAUUUAAUAAAAAAAGAGGCUGCAGGUU